CAGCUCUCCGCGGCCGGAGCGCAGGAGCCAUGCAGUACCCGCACCCCGGGCCGGCGGCGGCGGCGCCCUUGUACGCGCCCACCCCGCUGCUGCAGCCCGCGCACCCGACGCCCUUCUACAUCGAGGACAUCCUGGGCCGCGGGCCGGCCGCCCCCACGCCCGCCCCCACGCUGCCGUCCCCCAACUCCUCCUUCACCAGCCUCGUGUCCUCCUACCGGGCCCCGCUGUACGAGCCCACGCCGGUGCACCCCGCCUUCUCCCAGCACCCCGCCGCCGCGCUGGCCGCCGCCUACGGCCCCGGCGGCCUCGGAGGCCCGCUGUACCCCUUCCCGCGGGCGGUGAACGACUACGCGCACGCCUUGCUCCGCCACGACCCUCUGGGCAAACCCGUGCUGUGGAGUCCCUUCUUGCAGAGGCCCCUGCAUAAAAGGAAAGGUGGCCAGGUGAGGUUCUCCAACGACCAGACUAUCGAGCUGGAGAAGAAGUUCGAAACGCAGAAAUACCUCUCCCCGCCUGAGCGGAAGCGUCUAGCCAAGAUGCUGCAGCUUAGCGAGAGACAGGUCAAAACCUGGUUUCAGAAUCGACGCGCUAAAUGGAGAAGACUAAAACAGGAGAACCCUCAAAGCAAUAAAAAGGAGGAACUGGAAGGUUUGGACAAUCCCUGCGGCCAGAGGCAAGACUUGCCUAGUGAACAGAGUACAGGGGCUUCUUUGGAUGGUUCACAGUGUUCGCCCUCCCCUCCCUCCCAGGAGGACCUGGACUCAGAGAUUUCAGAGGAUUCUGACCAGGAAGUGGACAUAGAAGGCGAUAAAAGCUACUUUAACGCUGGAUGAUGGUCACUAGCACUGGCAGGUUCAAAAAACUGGACCAGGAAAUAGCAUUUUGCUAUAGAAAUUCUUCACAGAAGAGCUGGAAACUAUAUGAGAAAGGAAGACCUACUUUUUAGUGUUCUGGAAACCUGAAAAUAUUUGGUGCACUGGCUAUUUAGAAACCUACAUUGAAGCCUUAAUUUUAACUUAACAAAUGGUGUAUGUACUGAUUUUAGGUUGUUUUGAUAAAAAUUCACACCCUCCCCCCUUUUAGGAAAAAAGUAAAUUGUUUCUAUUUAUAAAAAGUAAUUUUUAACUUUCGUUAAAAUUUUUUAAGUUAUAACUUUAAAGAUUUUAAUGGGCUCUUCUUGAAUGACUUUCUGUUAUCGUAUUUACAUCCUACUUAGUGGCAAAGCAAAAAGCACCCCCAAAGCACCCCCAAAUCUAGUGCGUUGGAAAAGGGGUCCACAUUUCAGGCAAUCUUGGAAUACUUUAAAAGGAAACAGUCUUUACUUUUACAUGAUAUUCUGAACAGUGGCCUUAAAUCCACAAGAAUUUCAGAGCAGAGUAGAUACAUGCUUGUUUUGCACUGUCACUUAAUACCUACCUGACAGGUGUUAAGAGGAUAGUACUGUCCUACAGGCAGGGAAACUUAACUCAUUGGUGACUAACAAUCUCAGAUCAACUAGAAAUUCCAGGUUUAGUGUAAGUAGAUUGUAGAUACUGUGUUUUAUAUCAAACAAUGUCUAUAACGUGUGUAUAUAGAAUUGUUCACUGUAAAAAAAAAAAACGACCAGAAUUUUUAAAAAUGAGUUCAUUGUCUAUAAAAUAAAUCUGACCUUGGGACGACUGA